AAUCAUCUCGAAUCAGUGGGCAACGUAAUCUUCAGUAAAGAAAACGACUCUCCCCAGCUCCGAGAAAUGAGUUCAAAAUUAUCAAAAGUGAUGAAACAGGACGGGGCCUUGGCAGUCGUCCAACUAUCACACGGUGGACGUCAAACGCAAGAAGCAGUAAAUAUUCAUCCAUUCUCAUGUUCCGAUAUUGCAAUUCAAUCGAAAUCAGUUCCUAUGAGAUUUGGAACUCCGAUAGCGCUCACUGAAGCGCAGGUUAAGACUGAGGUUGUCGAUCGAUUCGUAUAUGCAGCAAAAUUUGCUCAUGAUCACGGGUUCGAUGGCGUUCAGCUUCACGCUGCUCAUGGCUAUCUACUAUCGUCUUUCCUUUCACCUAUGACAAACAAACGAAAAGAUAAAUAUGGCGGAUCUGCAAAGGAUAGAAUGACGGUUAUACUUGAAAUUGUUGAGGGUAUCAGAAGAGAGAUUGCAUCCAGCAACUUCUUGCUUGGAAUAAAAAUGAAUUCAAUCGAGUUCCAGGAUCGUGGCUUGGGUGUGGAAGACGCUAAAAUCACGGGUGAGAUUGUGGAGAAUUGUGGCUUCGAUUUUGUGGAGUUAUCUGGCGGAACGGUAAGCAUGCCAGCUUUUCACCACCAGCGGGAAUCGACUCGGAAAAGAGAGGCAUUCUUUGCCGAAUUUGCUGAACAGAUACGACCUUCCUUCGACAAGACCGUGGUAUACCUGACAGGUGGCUUUAGGACAGCUCCUGCUAUGAUCAGAGCGAUAACUGAUGGGAUAACCGAUGGAAUAGGACUAGGACGACCAAUCACUGCUGAACCGGACUUACCGGCAAAAAUUCUUGGUGGUCAAUGUCUCUCAGCUCCCGCUACAAAACUGGAUGAGGACGAUUUUGUUAUUACUCUGGUAGCAAGCCUCACCCAAAUGUGGCAAAUGGGUAGGCGACCGUAUGCCGACCUUAAAAAUGUUUGCGACGACAUCGCUGAUCUCAGUCACCCGAAAGAAGUAGAAAACUUUAUGAAGGAAGCCCUACCGUUCUUCGACGAAGCAACCAAAGCUAUCGAACGAAGGGAACCCGUUACUUGUAUUAUGGAGUACGAAAACAUUGUCGUGUAG